AUGGUCAGGCUCUCUGUUAGAGGAUUCGCCCUCACCAUCUCGCCCGGCCACUUGCCCCUUGUCUGGCUGUUCCCGCCGCCAGCACAUCUUAUCCUCUCUCGAACCAGCAGCUUGAGAUUCCCCGACAUCGAGCCGUACAGUUCCUGGGUCCGCAUCGGUGCCGUCAACAAUGCCGACGUCCACAUCGCUCCCGAAUGGAAGCAGCCCUUCUUCAACGCCAUUACCGAGGCCCCGCACUGUGUCGACUUCGACAUGAGCCCAGAACCGGCAGAGUGCGUCUGCAUCCCAACAAACCAUAGGACCUCGAGCCUCGACAUCGACGACGUUGUCCAGAUAUUGCGGCAGAUUGGCUGUACCGCUAUCAGGGUCUCGACCUCGCAAGCCCCGCACGGGGACUACCUGAUCCUGGACGACUCGUACCACCCACUUCGGCACGACAACCUCUGGACUCUUUGUGCCCAUGUUACCACCCACGGUAUCACUUUGUUGCGUGGUGAGGCCGACAACGGUGCCGUACGGACGCGGCCAGCUCUAAGCGAGCUCGGACAGGGCUUUGGAUCGGUCGACAUCUCGCUACCCACUCGAUCCGAUGGCAUCUUUCGCCUCUGCAUCAGCCAGUCCCUCCUCGACCUUUUCGAACGGACCAACCUCGCGUCGGCAGGCCGUAUGGACAGCCUUGAGACGCUCGUCGAGAUUUCGGUCCGUGCCGCAGAGCUCGAGGAUGCCAAGCAGAAGGUCCGGGCGUCCGGCUUCCUCAACUGGCUGCAGCUCCUGGAGGGCGGCGCGACCGGACACCGUCUCGAGGAGCGUUCAAUCAACAUUGCCGACUACGUGCGCAACUUGCAAGACACCGCGGCGGAAGCUCGGAGGCAGGCGCGGGCAAUGGGCGACUACGACCAAGGCGAGGCGAUCCGCAUGGCCACGAUCCUUGACCAGAACAUGGGCCACAUCGACACCCACAGGUUCUCAGCAAUCGUCUCCGCAGGCUCGUCAGGAAGCGGUUCAGGCUGA